UUAAAAAUGUCAAGUGGAUUUAAGGUACUACACCUUAUGAGACCGUUCCAACCCUUCCUCCCUAACGUGGAGGAACCAAUUAGGAAGAUUGGACUCAAUGACAAACUGAUUUGGACCUUCAUUGGAUUAUUGAUUUAUCUGAUUUGCUGUCAGAUUCCUCUCUAUGGAGUUUACAUCACUGAUGGAGCAGAUCCUCUAUACAUGCUUAGAAUGAUGCUUGCUUCAAACAAAGGAUCUUUGAUGGAGCUCGGUAUCCAACCAAUGAUCACAUCUGGAAUGAUUUUGCAAUUGUUAGCAGGAGCUAAAAUUAUUCACGUAGACCAAAAGGUAGAUGAGGAUAAGGAACUAUUCCAAACAGCAACUAAAGUUUUUGGAAUUCUUUUCACCUUCGGAGAAGCCUCUGCCUAUGUCUUGAGUGGUGUCUAUGGAACUAUGGGACAAUUAGGAUAUAUUAAUGCCCUCUUGAUUAUUGUUCAACUUACUGUAGCAGGGCUUGUCGUAAUGCUUUUGGAUGAAUUAUUGCAAAAAGGAUAUGGACUUACUUCAGGAACUUCAGUAUUCAUUGCAUGCAACAUUGCUGAAUCAAUUUUGUGGAGAGCAUUCUCACCAAUCACAGUCAACGCAGGAAACGAUACUGAAUUCGAAGGAGCUAUUAUUGCUUUCUUCCACUUCUUGAUUGCCAAGAGUGAUAAGUUUGAUGGAAUCUAUAAAUCAUUCUUCCGUCAAAACGCCCCGAACCUAUUAAAUCUGAUUGCCACCGCUGCUGUUAUUUUGAUUGUUGUAUACUUCCAAGGAUUCCAAGUAAAGCUAACAGUAUCUAGUGCUAGACAAAGAGGUUAUGAUUUCCCAUAUCCAAUUAAGCUAUUCUACACUUCCAACAUGCCAAUCAUUCUCCAAUCGGCCUUGAUCUCAAACUUGUUCUUCUUCUCACAGCUUCUAUACACCAACUUCAAGGGAAAUUUCUUAGUGAGAUUGUUGGGAACAUGGCAAGAUGUUGAUAUGUCUGGAAGAUCAGUUCCAGUCUAUGGACUUGUCUAUAUCUUGACUCCUCCACAGAGCAUCCUCGAUUUCCUGUUUAGCCCAAUCAAGACUAUUGUAUACAUCGCUUUUGUUAUGGUCACUUGUGCUAUCUUCAGUAAGACCUGGAUUGAAGUCUCUGGAAGCGGCUCAUGGGACGUUGCUAAGCAACUCAAAGAUGAAGGGCUCACCAUCAAGGGAUAUAAAAUGGACCCAUCAGGAAGAAACAUCAAGAGGUAUCUAGACCACUACAUCCCAAUCGCUGCUUCCUUCGGAGGACUUUGUAUAGGUGCCCUCAGUGUCUUUGCAGACAUGCUAGGAGCUAUCGGAAGUGGAACUGGAAUUCUCCUCGCAGUCACGAUCAUUUAUGGAAUGUUUGAACAAUUCUCAAAAGCAAGAGGUCAGGGAAGGGGAGGAAAGAUACUCGGAAUUCUCUAAUUUAAAGCACAUAUCUGUCAUAAACGAUUUGAAUCUCA